UCUUGUAUAAAAUUCUCAUUGAAAGCUUCAAAUUAAGCACUUGAACAAAAGUAUUUAACUUCUGUGGUGCAUCCAGACCAAAAUUAGUAACGUUUCAAACAAUUUGUGGCGGAAUUAUUGAGUAAUACACCGCAGGCACACUAUUAUGGCAUAUCGUUUCGGUUCCGUUAGUAUAACAAGAUGUCAAUUGGCGCUGUUGAUUGGUACACCUGUCGCUAUUGGUUUGGGUGUCUACAUUUACAAUAAAUCAAUUGAUGAAAAAAAGCCUAUUAGCGAUAAUGAUGCUUCAGAAAAUGCAGCUUUACGCAAAAAGGGACUUCCGGCCAAGGAUAAGAACCAAACACUUUCCAUCGAUGGCACCGGAGAAGACAAGGAGCUGCGUAAGAAAAAAAAUGCUGAACUGGGAAGCGAAAAGUUGUCCCCACUAAAAGAAGCCACUAUGUACAAGAAUGAUGGCAAUGUUUACUACCGUAAUGGCAAAUAUGACGAAGCCAUUUCCUUUUAUGAUAAAGCUAUUGACAAAUGCCCAGCCGAAAACCGCACCGACCUCGCAAUUUUCUAUCAAAAUCGUGCCGCCUCAUAUGAAAUGCUGAAGAAAUGGAAUCGCGUCAAGGAGGAUUGCUCGCGUUCGCUUGAAUAUAAUCCACGCUAUGCGAAAGCAUAUUUUAGGCGUGCUAAGGCGCACGAAGCUACGAAUGAUAUGCUAGAAUGCUUGGAUGAUGUCACUGCAACUUGCAUACUAGAAAUGUUCCAAAAUAAUAGCACAAUAAUGUAUGCGGACCGCAUUCUAAAGCAGACCGGUCGUGACGACACCGAACGUGGGUUGAAGGAGCAUAAACCAAUUUUGCCAUCGAAGAAUUUCAUAAAUACUUAUCUGCGGUCAUUUAUUGCUGAUCCAAUAGAGGGCAUUACUUUGCCUAUGGCAGAGGACGGAGCAAGUUUGAAAGGUUUUGCGCGGGCGAAGAAAGCAUUGGAAGUAGAGCAGUAUGAGGAAGUUAUACCAGAGUGUACGGAAGAGAUUGAGACUUCCGAAUCGGAAUCGCAAUACAAAUCAGAAGCUUUGUUGUUGCGCGGCACUUUUCAUAUGCUCUCGGGUAAUUUCGCUGCAGCGAAACAAGAUUUGGAUGCUGUGAUCAAUAACGCUGAUGCCGAUGUGUCGCUACGUGCUGCUGCCUUUAUUAAGCGUGCCUCCUUGCAUAUACAGCUAGAGGAGAAAGACUUGGGGCUGUCAGAUUUUGAUGCUGCGUCGAAAUUGCAACCAGAAAAUCCAGAUGUUCAUCAUCAGCGUGCACAAAUCUACAUUUUGAUUGAUCAGCUGCCUGAAGCGCUCAAUGAAUUUGAAAAGGUCUUAAAAAUGGCACCAAAUAUUGCAAUGGCUUACAUACAGAAAUGUUACGCCGAAUAUCGUAUGGCAUUGAUGUCCCAAGAUCAGAUAAGACUAAUGAUAGUCAUGACCGAAUUCAAGAAUGCCAUUGAGAAAUUCCCCGACUGUGUUGAAUGUUACAGUCUGAUGGCACAAGUUUUGGGCGACCAGCAGCAAUUCCAACAAGCAGAUCAAUUCUAUGAGAAAGCUCUUAAGCUAGCGCCAGAAAAUGCUUCAUUAUAUGUAUAUCGUGGCAUAAUGCUACUACAGUGGAAGGGUGAUAUUGAUAAAACCAUCGAACUCAUGAAUCGAGCAGUAGAAGUGGACAAGAAAUGUUUACUAGCAUAUGAGACACUCGGCACAAUUGAAGUGCAACGGGCAAAUCUAAAUCGUGCUGUCGAACUUUUUGAAAAAGCAAUAAAACUGGCAAAGAGUAGAUCAGAAAUGGGUCAUCUAUAUGCUUUGCGAAAUGCCGCAGUUGCUCAAGUGAAUGUUACGCGUAGAUUGGGUAUUGAUAUGUCGACAGUAUCUGCGCUGGCGCAAUCGGGUACAAUACCGGUGUCGUUAUAAAGUGUAAGCGUGUGAGAAGAGGAACUUUAAAAGUACUUUGAAGUAGUAUCAAGUUUAAGUAAUUUCGCUGCAAAAUAACCAUUAAUAUAAAAAAUUCCAAUAAGCUAAAGAAGAAGGAACUUGCAGUUAAUAAGCGUGAAUAUAGCAUACAAGCAUUUCACCUCCUUUGGCCCAUCCUUACCGAGCAAAGUCUAAUCAGUGCAGUAUAAGAGGUGGAAAUACUCAUAUAAUAAAUUCAUGCAACUAAAUGAAAGAAGAGGUGCUCCUAAGUUUUUUUUUAUUAAACUCUGACGACACUCCCAUAAGUUUGUAUUAUUGUUCUAAUUAAAUGUUUUCUGGGGGGUUAAUGCCUAAUCGAAACUAGAACACAAGUUUCCCAUUUUGUGUGUUUAUGGAGCGGAAGCGGGUUUGGCGCUUUUUAUUUGGUCACUCAUAGCUAGCUCGCUAUUGCCGUAAUUCACAGUGUAAAAUAAAAUUCACAGCCAAAGUUAUGUCUACCGAAUUGCGAGCAUGGUGGGUUCUAACACAUUUAUAUGUAG